AUGAAGUCUCAGUUAGAGUUAAACAAAGGAGAGAUUACAAAGCUUCAUCAGUUAGCUGUAAGUUAACUUUAUGAAAAUGUAUUUCACCAUGGGAAGAGUAAUUUAAUGCUUUUGUAAAAAUGUUGAUACAACAAAUCCUACACUGUUAUUUGACUUGGUCUAUUGAAAUGCAAUUUAGUUGUCAAGGAGAAAGCGUUGGCUGUUAAUUCAGUACUUAGGGUUACCAGAUUGUCUGCCCAGUUGUUUAAGCACCAAAUUGAUCCAUAUGAGAUGCAGAUUGUCAAAUUUAUUCACAAAAUAUUAUAAGAUUUAUCUUUUCUCUAACCCAAUAUUAGCUUGUGUAUAGACUGUAUUAUGCAAUUCCUGAGCGUGAUGUGUUUUAAUUGUGAUGUUUUUUAUGUUACUCUGAGUGUAUAUCCACACUGGGCAGGCUGAAAAGUUAGCCUGAUCGACAACGGUGAGAAUCGAACCCGUGACCUUUGGGGUACUAGUCGAAUGCUCUGCCAACUGAGCUAGAAGACCAAGUCGGUUCGAGUGUGAUGUGUUUGUUUACGUUAGACAGAAAAGUCAGAACUUUGUUUUACCUUUGAACUCAGCCAAUCGGAAUCUACUGAGUUUAAAUUUAACUAUGACCAAUCUGAAUCAACUACCCAGAUCUGGGUAGCGCAGCUUGGGAUCGACAUGCAAUGCCACAAAUUUUCACAACAGUCUGUACACAGACUGGGCUGCAAGCAGGCUAGCACACAGCCUACCCCAUAUAAGCCUUCCACAAUUUGGAAUUGCCAAUCAUCCUUGCAGAAAGUGAGAAAGAGCAUCACUUUGGGUAUAGAGCCUCGCAUAAUGUUGCAAUCAUGAAAACGAGGUUCUUAUAGCCAAGGUGACAUACUUUCCAUCCAGAAGGGUGUAUUGCUGAAAGUCUUAAGAGAAACACAAUUCUAUUUUUGUAGGCAGAUCACAAAGCUGAAAUAUCAACUCUUACCAAAUCUGUUUCAAAAUCUCAUGAAGUAUUGAGCAAACUAUCAGGUAUUCAAGUUUCUGUACUCUACGUUGGAUCAACAUCCUCAUUAUAUAAAUACUCUAACUUGUAAAACUCGUGAAGAUUUAUAUAAUUAUUAUAAAGAAUUAUAGAAUGUAUUUUAUGAAGAAAAUUGGAAAGAAAGCAAUUAAUGUUUGAUAUGAUGUUGUAUCCACAUAUACAAAGUUCUCGAGCUCCAGAUAUGCGUAAACUUUUUCAUUGGUAUUCUCAGUUAAAAUCGUACUUUAAAAAAAAGAGCAACCAUUAAUAAUUGCCUGCUCGUGACUUUGUAGUAAUAUUUCAAAUCCGACUAUGAGGACUUACACUAAGACCAGAUUUCAAGGACUUGAAAUCUAGUCCAGUCUGAUUUGGAGGAUUUGAAAUGACAUCUCGUGAAUUAAAAUUUUAAUUUUUAAUCCAGUCCUAGAACUGGAUCAAUAUAUUUCACCAGGUAUCCAGUAUUACUGUAUCAUGUGAGCAAAAUAAAGCAAUAUGGUUGGCUAAUGGACCAUUUGCAUUAUAGACUAAAUUUUGAUCUAGACAAAAAUUUCAUCAUAGCUUGAAAGAGCAUCACAAAAUUAGUAAUAUUCCAAAGUUUCGUUGCGAAAUGUUGUAAAAUGCGGAUAAUAUAGCCUUGCGAAAUUUGCCGUUUUUCAGUCAUUUUGUAUUACGCACAGGAAAUUGACAGCCCGAUCGGGUGUUGGGGCAUCAAUUUCCUGUUUGUAAUACAAAAUGACUGAAAAUUGAAAAUUUUGCAAGGCUAUAUUAUCCGCAUUUGGAAUAUUACUAAUUUUGUGAUGCUCUUUCAAGCUGUGAUGAAAUUUUUGUCUAGAUCAACAUUUAGUCCAUAAUUCAAAUGGUCCAUUAGCCAACUCAAUUAGACAUGAGUUUGAGAUGGUACGAUACAAGACAGCUGCCUAUGAUGUAUAUGUUACAUAUCAUUAGUUUAUAUUGUGUUGCAGCAAGCAUCUGUAUUUGUUCAUCUUAAAUUGACUUUAGUCCACAAAUAUUUGUAGAGAAAGCUGAUCAUGUAAUGUUGGACCACAAGAAGAUGAAAAAACAAAAUACUGAGCUACAGGAACAGAAUGAAAAGCUUCAAAAUGACAUGUAAGGUUACACGAUAAUUGAAUGCAACUGUAACAUUUUAAACGUAUGCAUACAAUAGAUUAUUAAAACAUAUCUUAGCCAACACAAAUUUUGAGGAUCUGGGGCAAUGCGUCCCCUUUGGAAUCACCAGUCCCUCAGUAUCCUGUGCAGGCCUGCAAAUUAACAGUGUUGGUCAUUGGACAUUGUCUGACCAAAUUUUACCUUUUGUCCGAUCAAAGUUUUUUUAUGAUCGGACAUGUGACCAACCGAUUUAGGCUGGUCAAAUAUCCAAUCUCAAAAAAUUGAUUUUUAGCACAAUUUCAUUAAUGAAACCAAAGCAAUAUAAACGACACUCUUCCAUUAAUUAUUUUUUGGCCGCAUUAAACCGCAAGAUUUAAUUACAAAUAUAAAUCGUCUUCUUGUAACAUGGUAGAAAUUAAAGUUAUGUAUAACCUGAACCAUUAUUUACUGAAAAUGCGGUAUGCAUUAUUUACUGGAAAUGCUUGUAGAUUUAUACACAGUUUUUAGAUGCACUGCAGUGCAGAUAAAUAUGACCAACCGAAAUAUAUCAUGCUAAUAUGAAAAAGACCAUGAAAAAUUGUCCAUUGUCCGAGAAAAACUGAUAAUUGUCCGAACACUUUUUGUCUUGAUCGUCUAGGCCUGCUGUGGGUAUUGGGAUGAUGCAAUUUUAAGACCCUGCUUUACUGGAAAGCAACUGUAUAAAGAAGUUGAGUAUAAGUUUUUCUUGUUUAUUUUCUACAGAAAGCAGCUACAAUCCGAAAGACAGACUCUUGAUGAACAGUUAAAUACAUUGAGGAAAGAGAAAGAAGAUCUCCGUAUUAAAGUGAAUGAUUUGACUAGAAAGAAUGAAGUGAUUCAAGAAAGUAUAAAACAAAAGAUUAAAGGUAGUGUAUAUAUGCGAGUGAAUUGGGUGGGGUAACUCACAUGCCUAGUUACCACUGUUCUGAUAAUGUAAGCAUAGAAUGGAACAAAGGUAACCAAGCAUUUAAAUUAUACAUGUGAGUGAAUUGGGUGGGAUAACUCACAUGCCUAGUUACCACUGUUCUGAUAAUGUAAGCAUAGAAUGAAACAAAGGUAACCAAGCAUUUAAAUUAUAUAUGUGAGUGAAUUGGGUGGGAUAACUCACAUGCCUAGUUACCACUGUUCUGAUAAUGUAAGCAUAGAAUGAAACAAAGGUAACCAAGCAUUUAAAUUAUACAUGUGAGUGAAUUGGGUGGGAUAACUCACAUGUCUGGUUACCACUGUUCUGAUAAUGAAAGUAUACUGUACAAGUAUAUAUGGAACAUUUGUGAGUGAACCGUGAGGCAAAGGGCAUAGACACGUGUGAGCUGGUUAGGUUUAUCAUUUUUUGAAAUUCUUGAGUGAAGAGGGUAGGAGUGAGAGAAACAGAAAAGGUGGAAAGGAGAGGGGCCAAAUACUUAACGUAUACUGUCUGAUUAUAGAGCUCUACUCAUUGCGAGGCUGUGUCGUGGUCUUACUGAUUAUUGCUCGAAUUUUGGUGAACUGAUGGGCGAGAGGAAAGAAGAGAAAUCUCGUAAACCUAGGUAAGUUCUUAAGCGUCUUUUAUCUUUGGUGGCAACGUGGUGAGGGUGAUAGCUUUUCAUCUCCGUACUCGAUUCUCACUCGGCACCCAAAACUCGUGUGAAAAGAGAUCAUUAACCCUCUGCUAUAGAAACCAUAGGUUUUCUCUGGGAGGGUGGGUUCGUUACGUAGAAGUUGAUGGACAACGACAUCAGCAUUAGCUGCUGUUUAAUGCAUUUACAGUGCACCUACUGUAAGUGGGGCCACUUAGAGAACACUAACCAAUCGCAUUGCAGAACAGAAAGAAAAAUCUAAUCAAACUAAAGCUCGUCCAAUCAAAAGAAAGAUUCAGGAAGCCAUUAACUGCAGUGUUUACUUUUACAAGUCUAUUUUUACCGUUUGACAUUCGUUUAUUUGUUCAAAUUGUUUUUGGCCUAAUGCUGAUUGGCUAAUGCGCCGUUUGUUGAUUUUUUCAAUUUCUGUUCUUCAAUGUGAUUGGUUAGUGUUCUGUAAGAACCCCACUUACUGUAGACGCACUGUAAAGAUGUUUGAACCGAAGCCAGGAUUGAGUUUAUUGAGUUUCUCACUCAUUGCAUGGUGAGCGGAUUUCCCGAAAAGGCUAUUGCCCAAUUGAUAGGGGAUCCAAGGUACCUACGAUUUAACGUCCUUAUCCGAGAAGACGCGAAAGUCUAACCAUUUACUGAUAUCAAAGGCAGCUCUUUCUGCUCAGUUAUUUCAAGACCUUGAGUAAAGGUCCGACCAAGGAUUGAACCCGGGUCUCCCAGCUUGAAAGGCAAGCAUGGACCACGACAUUACAAGAGCUGGUUAGGAUUAUUUAUAUUACGUUUUUGAACGCCCUCUGAUUUAAGAUAUUCAAGCUUUAGAUUACCAGUCUGUGAAAGCUUGAAUAUUAAAGGAAAUGGCAAUAUAUUUUUUUAUUUUCUUGUUUGAAAGAACAUUUAAAACCAUAUAUAAAACUCUUUUACCGUUUUUAAAUAUCUUGCUUACUUCUACAAAUAUUUUAAUCGAAAGAAAUGAAAUGUCCGCCAUCUUGGAUUUUUGUAGAUAUGCAUGUUACGUCACAACAGGGGUCAUGCAAUAUUUUUAUCUAGACAACCACUAAUCAUUUUGCACUCAAAAUUAUACUCCGUAUCCCCUUGGAAAUAUCAAGAUCACUUGAAACCUUUAAAACAUCUACCAAUCAAUAUUUGGUCAACAACGAAUACUUUUAUAUGGUUAAUCCCUGUUGUGACGUCACCAAAACUACCGUUAAUGAGAUAAAAUAAUUAUCCAAGAUGGCUGACAUCUCAUUACUUCAAGUGAAAAUAUUUCAAGAACUAAGCAAGACAUGAAGAAUCGGUAAAAGAAGUUAUUAAAUAGUUUCAAAAGUUCUUUCAAAUGAGAAAAUAAAAAAAUAUAUUGCCAUUUCCCUUUAAAUAAUGUUUUUAUACCAGGGAGCGUCCAAAAACCUAAAUUACGAUAAGGGAUAUGGUUUAUUCGCAACUUACGUUUUUAAUGUUUUUAUUCUUUAGGUACCAAAAAACUCCGCGCGGUAAAAGGGUAAGCUCGCCCAAAGUGCUAAACUUUUUGUUUCAAGAACUUUAUCUUUUAUGCAAUUGCUCCAAAAGCGUCGAAGCUUAUCUUGCAUUUCUUGGAAUAUUUAGUUGCUUGUCUCUUUUAGCCCAGUGAGACGCCAAGCAAUAGAUCGCAAGAGGUCAAGGAACGUUUAAAAAUGACGUACACGAAGGCAUUUGGGUGAGUUGUGCUUUUAUUUUCCACUCGUCUAGUCUAGCCUGCGCAGCAGACGGUUAUUAAACUCUCUUGAAGAAGACGGACAAGUCGUCUAGACGAACAAAUAGUCUCAAAAUCGUCUUUUAGUCUGACAAAUCAUCAGAUGUGAAAACGUGUCGGACAACAUUUUAGACGAACAAGUCGUCUGAAUUUGUUCGACUACUUGUCCGUCUGUGAAGACGAUUUUUGAGAGACGAUUUGUUCGUCUAGACGACUUGUCCGUCUCUAAUGUGAAUAGGGCUAUUUACUCUUUAUUGCCUGAAUUUCUUUGCCUGGCGUUUGACGUAUAACGCGAAGCUUGAACUCUGUAUUAAACCAUCUCGAACGGUCGGUGCUAGUAUACGUGGCGACGAUAACUGCCGAGAUACGGUGGUCCACACCAGGGUGUUAGCCAGGUGGCCGUCCGACCGUCCUAUGGACGGCCACUUCUGAAUUUGGACAGCUAAAUUUUAAUGGACGGCCAUGGACGGCCUUAGUAGCCUGCGAACAGGCCCUGGGUUGCGGGCGGCGCGAAGAAUAGAGGGCCUGCACGGAUGAUAGGUUUUCUUGGUAGUGGCGUUCGUAUAGAAACGCAGGCUUCUGAUUGGCUUACACUCGUUGACAAAAUGACUAAAAAUAGCAAAUGUCAACAACAGCAUUUUGAAGAAUUUGAACUUUAUUCAUUUUAAUAUUAUAUAUUAUAGGACUAUCGAACAAAUAAAACUAGAAAUGGAAACCAAAAGCAAUAGCAAAGCAUCACAGCAAAAAAGUCUAUCAUAAAUGACUUGAAUCUAUCGCUUAAAUCCAAUAUACGAAACUAUAACAGUAUUCUGAACUUCGUCUUCGGAUUGACAUCAGACCAUAGUAUAGUACAUUUUGAGGUCGUCGUGGCUUCACGGAUUAUUCUCAUUAGUGAGCAAGUCAGCAAGCGAAGGCAUACAAAAGAUACCCAAAUAUGUACGAAUAAUUAUAUUUUCGAUCCUCGCUGGCAUGUCAUUUAGAUAAAUAUAUAUCGUACAUUAAACGUUGUACUGUUUACUGUAUAUUAACUGCUGACAAUUUCGUCGUCGAUACGGCUUCCACUAUUGGCACACUCGUGAUUUCGAAGAAAUUAAUAAAUACAUGCUCAUUUAUCAUUUAUUUAGACCACAGUUAGUAAAAUUUUAAACGUAUUCGGUAUUCCAAAUCCCAAUCUAUCUGACCGUAUUUUAGUAAUAGCUUCAAAAUAUUCAGAACAUUGUUCUUUCAGUCGCACAUAGUACAAGUAUUACUGUACAUUCAAAGCCAAUGGUAGUUUAUUCGGCUUUAUAUUUGUAUGUGUAUUGAUAUCUAUUUAAUAUUUGAAGAAUUCUAUAUUUUUCCGAGUAAUAUAUUGUGCGGCCCGCUAAUGCUUUGUAUUAUUAUUGUUCAUGUUGCACAAUGUACACGCCUUGCGUCAAUUUGACAGUUGACAGUUUAUUUAUCGCAGUCGACGCUGAUUGGUUAGCGUUUAGCAGUGCGAAAAGGGGAUGAAUGAAUAAAACGCAUGGUUCCGUGCAGGCUCACCUUUCUCCCAGUGAGCCUGUUCGCAGGCUACGGCCUUAGGGAAUAUUUUCUUUAAAGAGCAACCUACAAGCUUUGUAAUAUUUCUUGAAUACUUCGCGCCAUAUUUUUGUAGAACGCGCCAUGUUUUUGUAACCAUUUUGAUGCUUCUCGCAUGAAGUAUCAAGGAGAAUAAUGUGAAACCGCUGUUUUAAAAAACAGCAAUCUCUUUAUCGCUCGAGCGCAACGUUACAGUUACGGUAUUGAUCAUACCAUACGUGUGCGUUUACUAAUUUAAUGACGGAAAUGUGCAUCUAAAAGUAAAACGUUCAACGAAUUAAACACCACAAUUCCUCAACAACAGAAAAUUGCGGCCACACCCAAAAACAUAUGACCAAGCCCACAAAAAUAUGUUGCCACGCCCACAAAAUUAUUUUGGACGGCCACCUUUGAAAUCCUGGCUAACACCCUGGUUCACACUAGCAAUUUUGUCGGCGAUUUUCUGUUUUUGACGGAUGCAAAUAAGUGAACUCGCACACAAAAGUAUAGAGUCGCUUUUCAGAAGUAAACAAUUCUAAGUGUUUUGCAUGUCAUUCAUUCGAUCACAUUCGCCAGGACGAGAAAAAUCGCUGGCAGAUUUGCUAGUGUGAGCCAGGCUUAAAGCCUGGUUUCCAUAUAAUAAUAAUGGCUUUAUUUCCCACAUUUCAAUAGCGGAUACGCUAAAUUAUAUUGUGUUUACAAUUUAGUUCAACUACUUGUUAAAAACUACAACCGAUUCUAGAAUAUUACAUGCAUAUACAAAAUUAUAUCUAAAAUACGACUAGAAUAUUUCUAAACAUUAGUAUUUGGGUUAAGAUGAUCGCCAAUUACACUACUCUUAUAUUCCAAACACAAACUGCCCACCUGACAAAACAGUUUCUUAUUAGCAUCAUAUUAACAUUCUCAAUUUAAAAACUACAGUUCUAGCCUAUCGUUAUAUUUAUCUAUAUGGUCGUAACGGUCGUAAAGAUUGAGUCACGAUCUUUCUCAUCAGCCGAAAUGCAACAUUUUAGAACUGAGAAUACGCGGAGUGAUUAUAACUAGAGAAUCCUUAUAUGAUUUAUAUGUGGUUUACAAGCAUAAACUAUUAUAAACUGGCCGUUGAGAAAGAUCGUGACUCUAUUUUUACGACCUUAUGGAAACCAGGCUUAAUAAUUCAUGAAGAAAACACAAGAGAAACCAUGAGCGUGAAGGAGUUUGUAUAUCUGAUACAAAAUCAUGUAUUUACAUAAACUUUAAGUUCAAUUUUCUCACCAAAUAUCAUUCAAUUAUUUUAAAUUGUUGAAGAAUACGAAUGUUCUCUUCAAGACUUUUCACAAGCCAUUUACAACAUUCGCGGCCGUGUUGCAACACGAACAUUCGUGUUGUAAAUUGUAGUACAUCUAGCAUUAUAGUUAUUGAACAAACAAUAUCUAUUAUUUCCAUAGUAUCUGGUCGCAAUGGGUUUCCACGAUGUUUCGAGUAUCUUUUGAUGUUUAUCUACUUCAUGGCCAAGGCCCGAAUGCUCUUUUAUCCGCAACAGUAAGUAACAGAACUUAGAGUAGACAGUGGCGUGACGUAAGCUCCUGAAGCCCCCGUCAAAUUUUUAAGUGGGGCUCUAUUUUCCCCCCAAAAAAGUUGACCAUAUUCCUUAAAAAUAAGGUGUUAAAAAAAUUGAGGGAAGACCCUCCAAGUAUUAUUCAUUCGGGUGAGAUGCCAAAAAAAUCUUGAUAUUUACCCAUAAUGCAUGAGUCAAUUCCAGGAGUAACCAUCCCUCCCCCCGGGAACACACCCGGUCAUUUGAUUUGAUUGGUUAUGAUAGUGUAAAUGCCCGGGUGCUGGGACACAACUUGAAGACUAAUACACGGCCCUUGGGCAAGCUGAGAGUGGAAAAUGCCCCACCCCGGGACGAUUUUACAGUCGAUUUCACGAAACUUUGACCACAAAUGUUACGAACUUUGUUGCGAAGUUCGCAAGUUCGUUGCGAAGUUCGGAAGUUCAUAUUGGAAUUCACAAGCCAAUUUGUAAACAAAGUCCCUGAUUGGUCCGUGAAGUAAAAGAAGUCCGUCAAAUGCGUAGCUGACGAACUGGUUUGUGAAUCUCAUUAUGAAUUUUUGAACUUCGCAACAAUCUUGUGAAUUUCGCAACGAAGUUCGGAAAUUUGUGUUCAAAGUUUCGUGAAAUCGACUGUAAACGUCAAUUAAACUUUUAAUGACAUAUAAUCAUAGUUAUUUAGGAACAUUAUAGUAUUAAACUGCUAUGGAAUAUUAUAAAACAUAAACCUUUAAUAGUUGUAUUUAAAUUUGCACAGGGUAUAAUUUUCGCUUAUUCUGACAAUAAAUUUCACGCCACCUUGACCACGAGGACGCAAAAUUAUAACCUUAAAAUUGGAUUCUGGGCAAGCAUUCUGGGCAAGCAUUUGUCAAAUCCCCGGGGUCCUUCAAUACCCGGCCCCCGUACACGUAUAUGAAAGGCAAAUUCCCGACCCCCGUGAACUGUCUAUCGAGCAAAUUCCCGGGGUAUCCCGGGGGGGGGGGGAUGGUUACUCCAGGAAUUGACUCGUGCAUAACCUAACAUGGCAGUACCCUAUAGUAUUUAUAGAUGAACUUGUGUUUAGAGCUCGACAACUGGCCUCUGUAGCUCAGUUGGUUAGAGCGCUGCACCGGAAUCACAGGGCCGCAGGUUCGACUCCUGCCAGGGACCUGUGGUCGCAUUUUUCGCAGCUGUUCCUGGUUAGGUCUAAUAAAUGUAUAUAAUUUUCCACUCGAUAAUUUCCAUCUACAAGACCCUUCAUCUAUUCAAUUGAGUGAGAUACCAACGGAAUCUUGAUAUUUAUAUAUACGUACUAUAACCUAGUUUACAUUACCGUCCCACUGGAGUUUCAUUCGUGCUGUUUCGUUCGUGUUUCUAGAAUUGGGACGAGAUUGUUAUUGACGAGGAGACAGAAUCUGGACAGAAAGUUCAUUCAUCUAUCUACGUGCCUUCGCAG